CGGGGAGUCUUGGUCUCGACUACACAUUACAACGGAACAACAACAACAAAAACAACCACAACAACAAACUGGCGAGGUACUUAAGCUCGCUGUCGUCGCAACGUGUCUGUAAGAAAACAGAGGAAACAGCAGCUGUGUCUUUCCACCGUCCUUGCUCCUUCAGGUGCCCCGCACGCGUGUCAUUCGUCUUGUUCGAAUCAAGAGGAACCUGGUCGUCGUGGAUUACCGAUUACCAUACCCUAACAUUGCCCUGUUACUUUCACAACUCGCACACAUACCACACUUCACUGCCGAGACUUAGUGGCCGCCGCUAUAUACGCUAUAUACCUGGCAGAUCCUUGGCUCACUGGGCCCAUUGUAUCCCAUCCACUCACUGCGUUUCCUCGGAGCGCCUCACCACUUUUUGCGACCGAGGAGCCGCGACGUCCGGAUCCAGUCCUAGACCAGCCCAGAUCACCCACGAUCUCGUCUCGCGCCCCCGUUCUUCCACCGUUCCUCGUCGGUCGUGGGUGUCGGUCGUCAAGGCCACGCACCACCGUCUGGCUAUCGACAAGGCAUCGUCAGCAACUCGUGGAUGCCGAUUGCUUUCCUUUUCCAUCUUUUCACGCGCACAACGCAGUAUAUCAAUUGUCUGAGGCUUCUUAGCCCUGUUCAUCAGUGGACAACCAGUCCGAGCCCGUCCGCACGAGGAUUGUUGAAAAGCUUCAAGACAUUUGUCUGUCUGGUAUUUGAUCUUUGCGCCGAAUCCCACGGAGUCAAGUCAUCUGCUUAUGAGGACGACUCAUCCCUUCUACUUGUUUUGUUGACAUCCUUACUCUCAUCACUCUUCCGUAUGGCGACCGCACCGCUGAGAAUGCAACCCCUUCGGCUGACCGCCCCAAGAGGAUGCUGUUGAAGACGAUCACUCCGUGACUUGUCUGCAUCUUGACCAUUCUCGCCUUGGACUGACUGUUUAUACAAAGACGAACAAAACUGUCAGCUCCAUCUUUUCUUCCGCAAAGAAUGCUCGGGAAACUCUUUAACCUCGGUGCUGUGUCGGGCGCCGGAGAUACCGCUUCCGCCCAAACAGCUUCCUACAAAUCUAUCACCUCCCUAGAUUCGGUUCAAGAAGACAUACACACUCGAAAUCUUCUCUUUCCCGAUCCGCAGGACUUGUUCGAACAGCGUCUUAACGACGUUUUUCCCCUAUCAAGCGUCUCUUCUGUCACCGCGAGCCCCUCGACCAAUGCCUACGACUACAAUGGCAGCAUUGAGCUCGAUGUGCGCGACGUUCGCGUCAUUGUUAUGCAGGAUGCUCUAGGCUCCCUCACCUCUUCCCUUCUCUACGACAGCCAGUCGCCGCCUACCGUCCAAAGCAACCCGUUGAAGGGCGGUCCUUCAUCCCUCUACUCUGCCCAAGAUAGCCGCCGCAACCCGACCUCCCCGCGGAAGCCCAGUAUCAGCCAUACACAACGUCCUAUGGUCAUCCAGUCCAGCAGCCCCAAGACGCGACAAGGUGCUUUUGAAAAUAAAAGUUCCCUUGGUCGAACUCCGGGCCAUGGUCACUUCGAAUCCGACUCCCAACGCCACAUGCGCGAGUAUCGCGAGGAACUUGCCACUUUCUCCAGCUGCAUCUUCGGCAAUUCCGAACUCAUGGCAUACAAAGGAACAUCGACAAAGGUUCACGUGGUACCGACAGAAGCCAAACAGACCGACUCCGGUUCAGCGUUUGCUGACAGGCAGAGCUCCAUGGGGAGGGCAAGUAUGAGGUCGAGUCGGCUUUCACAAUCAUUUUCCUCGGAGACCAUGCCGUCUUAUGCAGGAGCUCAGAGCGCUGCUUCAGCAAAUCGUGUGCCAGAUCGUAAGCGAGUCCUCGUCACGAGACUGUUUCCCGUGAGUCUACCUGUUGAGGAAGAUAUGAUCAGUCCUCGUUCCUCCUUUACCGAACAAAGCACGGGUUACCCAUUCCCACAGGCCGCCGAGGACGUCAGAAAUAAAAAGAAAAAGGUGCAGCCCAAACAGAAGAGAACUCCCAUGUAUGCGGUUGCGUUGGUAAUCAACCUUCCUCAGUCUUCCACUCAUCACACGCCGACCACAACCUCGAGGCAAGGUUUUCGGGAAUCCAGUUCUUACCAAGAACAGGAUUCGUUUCCUUCUUCCCUUAAUUCAAUACGACCCUCAGGUUGGACUAUGGUUGGCCAGGGAGGGUAUGGAUUUGAGUCUUUCGAGACGACUUUCGGCAGUGACACUGAAGACCAAAUCGAUGUUAUCACACAACAUUGGGACAUAAUUAUGAGGACGCUGAAUCAGCUGCAAUCUGUCGUUGCCAAGGUCAUAUUAUCGAUGCUUCUACAGGCGGAUUUUGCUUCCCCUGACCCUCUUCCGGCUUACAUCCCCUCUCAGAUCGCACAAAGCCAAUCAAAAGCUGGACGGCGCAGCGGCGAUCCACCUCCACCCAAACCACCCAAGACAAAUGCAAAACACGUUACACUACCUCCAAACUGUCUUCUCGAGAAUCGACAUAUCAGCCGGGAAACGGACUACGCCAAGGCCAGGAUAAUCGAUGGUAUUCGAGCGGCGCGAGUCGUCACUGGACAGAACCGAUGGCCCAUUUGGCGGGAGGAAGCUCGUUGGGUGGCCAGAUGGGCUGGCGGCAAAGAGCAGGGCUUCUUUUUUAACUUACUUACAGGCUUUCUUGCGACACACACCGACUGGCUGCAAGCACUAAGCCCCCCAUCCUAUCGGCGUCGCUAUUGUAUACAGCAGAAAGGGCGCAUGGACGUAGAUGCGUCGGUUCCCAAUCGGACUGUUAUUGUGGCCCAAGACAAGAGCGUUGCGCGAAGAUUACUCUUUUUAUUGGCUGCAUUUUUGCCGGCAUCCCAACAGGUCCCCGGUGUCCGUCCACACCGGCCAAGUACCGCUGCUUCAUUCGGGACUUUUUCGCAGUCUCCCCCAUCGCUUGUUGUGCCUAUCCUUAAGGAGGAGUCGCUAAGAAGGAGGAUCAACCGCCGUACGGGUCCCGGGCGAGCAUGUCACUCGCGAAAUUUCAGCUUGCAGUCACAAGGCGCACGUGCUGCCGCAGUUCCGACUAACUUGGCGCACUUGAGUAUGGAAUCGAGGCACGAGAGGCGAGCUUCCGACGCUAGUUCGAUACGGACGACCCAUCUUCCCAUCCGAGGCAACGAUCUGACCAUGCAGAAAAGUAGUGCUGCUACAACUGGAGCUAUCACCCCUGAAAUGAGCAUCGCUCAUUUUGCCAUGGUCCAUCGCGCCGACUCUUUUGCUAGUACUCGACCGGGCAGCAGUAACAGCCUUGCUGCCGACGACCUCAAGCGUAUCUCACGGUCUGGGAGUGGAGGUUCGCAGAGCUUUAUGACCAGCGAGCAACGACAGACUUCGAGGUGGGGGAGUGUGAUCAGCGGCUUAUGGAGCACGCGAAGAAGAGACUCCAUCGUCUCAGCAAAGCCUCGCAGUGGCAGCAUUGGGCAAAGUGAAGCUACAACCUCUCCGUUGAGGAAGGACCCGGAUAGAGCCCCCAUGUCACCCCAAACACCUGGAAGGAGCUCUAUGCGGCAGCCUGGGGACGUCCCAACACGUGCUGCCCUGGAUCAAAGGGGAAAUCCAAAAUCACCGGUUGCAGUGCCUGGAGAGAACCGAAGCUUCUCAGGCCAAACCACUCCCGGACAGAAGCCACAAAGGAUUCCCGAUCCUUCAGGUGCCUUUGAAUCUCCGGUCAAGACGUCCAUUAAUGAUGACGGAGUCAUUGAUGUCGAUAUCCCUUUCCCUGACUAUCUUGCCUCUUUCGAAACUGCAGUGAGUUCACCAUCGAGCAGUGGAUACCUAUCCAACGCUGGGUUUGGUAUAGCAUUCGAUACAUUUGAGCAGUCGUCGCGCGUAUCUGUGGAUGCGGAUGGGCCAUUGAAUGCUGCUGGUUGGCUGCAAAGUUACCAUCCAGAUUUCGUACUCCAGGCGAUACCGGCGCAAGAAGGCCUCAAGGAGCAGAUCAAGGCCUCGAUGGAAGCCGAGCCACCUACUACGUGGGUCCCCAAUUCGUCUGAAAGUGCCACGGAGAAGUGGGUGGAUGUCAGCACAGCCAUCAUCGCGGAUAGUACUACGUUCACGAUUACGCGAAUACGAUAUCGUCGUCUCGUCAGGGCCAGUUUUGGUAGUGGCCCGAACACGCCUUCUACUAUGACGCCGGUAGCUGCCUCCCCAGCACCCACACUUCCGUCGCCUUCACCUUUCGACCCAUACAUCAAGGAUGAGUUUAUCGAAGAAACAUUACUCAGCUCAGAUGAUGCCUUGGUAGAAGCUGUAGAGAAGGUCAUUGCCACCGCCGGCGACAUCAGCAAAGGAAGCUCCAACUGUUCUUCGCGCUCAACCAGCAAGCUGCGAGAGAGGAGUGACAGCACGUCGUCCCAGCAGCACCCAGAGGACACCUACCAUCGCCCUAGGGAGCUUGUUGUUCCCCAGGAGGUUCCUAGAUCACAAUGCAAGACCGUGAUCUUGUCAGCUCUAGAAGAAAUCAUUCGUGAAGUCAUAGAAGACUUGGACCCAAGCUUAGGACAAAGGACGGCUGGCGACAAGGAAGCUAGCUCGGGAAUAGGUCGAAGGCGAGAGAAGGAGAACAUGGAGGCCCAAAGAAUCCCAGGAAGCGUACUGCGAGAGGCAGUCAGGAAAUGGCGUGAGAGUAUUGAUAUGGGGAGCGAGUGACUUGUGAAAUUCUGUUGAUACCCUUUUGUUUUUCAUUUCUUUGUCAUCUUUUGUUGCUGGUUUCCCCGUCAUGCUGGCACCCACAUACUUAACACGACUUCAUUAAGCCACAACAGCAUCUAUUGUUACCAUUUUCAUCACACCACAAUGGGAUCCAUUUGACACCCCUACCAAAUAGCGACCACUAUUGGUUGCCAUACCCGCCUACGCGCGAAUCUGUGCAAGUGGCAUCUCCGAGCGCCGAUCAAUGCAUUAUUAGUGACGUUCACACAUCAUUCAAUGUCCAAGCUAGCACUGUCAUGGAAAGGGAGUUUGGGCAAGAAGGAAGUAUGGGAAGGAAGCAUAGGAGGAAGUGGGAUAACGGCGUUGAGAGUUCAGGAAAUCUUGUAGCAUGUAGCCUGGGCAAGAGUUUGAUUUGAUGAUACACCACGAUGAAUAUAUGUUCCUGUUUGUUUCAGCUGUCCGCCUCUCAUACCGACAGUUGAUUCCAUCUCGUGCACUGCUUGAAGGCAGCUAGCUAGCUAGUCUAAUUC